AUUACAUAAUACAGAUAAAAAUGGGCAAAGAUUCUGAUAGAUGCAGAAGAUCUGGGGCUCAGUGCCUGAAGCCGGAGAACAAUUGGAUGAACAUUGAUUCUGAUGCAGACGACGAUGUAUUCAGCGACGACGAAGUGAUGUCGAACCAUUCCAGUGUGGCAGAACGCCUUGGUAUCCUCCAUGCCAUCUACCAAAAUGAUCACAAAACUUUUGUUGACAUGCUUGACUCUGGUGUAGACCCUAAUAUGUGUGAUUGCGAUGGCAACCCCCUGCUUCACAUUGUUAUUGAAAACGGAAACAACGAAAUGAUGGAUUACCUAUUAAGAGAUGAACACUGUGAUGUCAACAGAGAAAAUAACUUCCAUCAGACUCCCCUUAUUAUCGCUGUAAUCAUGGAUGAUUUUCAGAUGGUCAAAGCAUUAGUUAAAGCAGGUGCAGAUGUUAACAGAACAGACUCAACAGGAAAAACAGCUCUUUUAAUAUCUCUUCAGGAAUCGAGAUCGGACAUCGCACUUUAUCUAAUAAAACACGGAAGCAACGUCAAUGUUGUUGACCGUUUGGGUCAGAGCGCCUUAUACAUUAUCAUCGAAAGCAUGGACCUCAAAUGUGUUAAAACUGUGAAAAAAUUGUUAAAAGCAGGAUAUGACCUACAGAAAGACGCAGCAUGGAUGAAAGAAGAGGGUCUUGAUGUUGAUAUUGUGAAAAGUGGAAACUGGAUGUCGAAACUUGCUAGAAAACUUGCUAGCAAAUUGCACACGCUAAAAUCAAGUCAACAUGCAACCCAGUCACCGAAUACAGGUCUUGCGAUGCCAAAAUCACGUGUCUUAACUAUUUAUCAGUGAAACUAUGUAGGGCCAAUCGACAACGAGAAAUACUGAACCCAUCUUGAAUAUAAAGUAAACUGUCUUUCUUCUUUUCGCUGUUACUAUUUCGAUUCAAAGAAAGGCAGUUUAUUCUUUGUUGAAUCAGUAUGUUUGCUUUUAGUUUGCUAUCAUCAACAAAUUUACAAUUGAUGUACAUUUCAGUUUUUAUGAAUAAUGUCUUCAUGCUUGUCCCUUGUUGUUGUAUUCAUUGAGGUUGCUAUUGUGAAAUCCUGUUUUUAUAUAAUUGUACUUUUGUAUUUUUUUAACUUAAUAUGUCUUAAUUAUGAAUAAAUUCUUCGAAAAUUUA